GUCGAUUCAAGAGAUGAUGGUGUAACAACGCAUGAAUUGUAUUUAAAAUUUUGGCAAUUCGAUCUUUCUUCUCAAACAUAUGUACUCAAUACACGGGUCGACCACCCACAUUUAAAAUCAAUUGUCUCGUUAAAUUUUCAUCGUGGAACAAAUAAUACAUGUCCAAAUUUUAUGACUAAUAAAUUUAAGAUUUGGAAACUCAACAUUGACUCCAAGGAUUCCGAAA